GGUGGCUGUUUUGCAGUUUCGGCGGAACGAAAAGGACGCGCCAGCCUUCCGGGUCACUGCUGUCGGGAGGGCCGCGCGGUAUCGGCCCCGACGGCGUCUCCCUACCCGCCCGCCCAGUCUGCGGGAGCCGGCCGCCCGCGCCUCUUGUGCGACGCUCCCCGGCCCGAGCGCCGGAGGCCGAGUCCCGCGGCCUUGCGGAGUCCGCGGCCGGCGGCGGAUGGGCGGCCGGGGCCUCAGGCUGCCGACGGGGGUGCCAUCCCAGAGCCGGUGGCCGGCCUGUGGGAGAGAAGGCUGCGGAUUCCGAGCCCUGUGUCUCGGCCCUCCCGCUUCGGAGUCUCCCCGCUUUCGGCAGAGCAGCGCUCCCGUUCCACAGCUUGGCCCGUGGGGUGCUGCCCUGCAGGCCUGCUGUCCGGGGACGUGAGCGCAGCACGAGCACGGGAUCCUGUUGCUUCGCUGCAAACCCUGCAGGAAGUGUCCUGGGCUGCUCCUUGCUGAAUGGGAGACCUGCGCUCUCAGCAUAAACGAUUCAUCUUGUCCGUUUUUAAAAAUCUACUGAAGUGUAACCUAUACGGAAAAUCGCUCGGAUCCCAGGGCCGGCCGCUGGCGGGAUGGACACCCCGGAGGAGGAGGUGUGGGCCGGCGGGGCCCCGCCCCCGGCGCCCAACAUCAGCGUGCCGCACCGCUGUCUGCUGCUGCUCUACGAGGACAUCGGCAGCUCCAGGGUCCGGUACUGGGACCUCUUGCUGCUCGUCCCCAACGUGCUCUUCCUCACCUUCCUGCUCUGGAAGCUUCCGUCUGCUCGGGCCAAGAUUCGAGCCGCCUCCAGCCCCAUCUUUAUCACCUUCUAUAUCCUGGUGUUCGUGGUGGCGCUGGUGGGUAUCGCCCGGGCCGUGGUGUCCAUGACGGUCAGCACCUCCGAUGCUGCGACUGUCGCUGAUAAGAUCCUGUGGGAGAUUACCCGCUUCUUCCUGCUGGCCAUCGAGCUGAGCGUGGUCAUCCUGGGCCUCGCCUUUGGUCACCUGGAGAGCAAGUCGAGCAUCAAGCGGGUGCUGGCCAUCACCACGGUGCUGGCCCUGGCCUACUCCGUCACCCAGGGCACGCUGGAGAUCCUGUACCCGGAUGCCCACCUCUCGGCUGAAGACUUCAACAUCUACGGGCACGGGGGCCGCCAGUUCUGGCUGGUCAGCUCCUGCUUCUUCUUCCUGGUCUACUCUCUGGUGGUCGUGCUCCCCAAGACCCCGCUGAAGGAGCGCAUCUCCCUGCCCUCACGGAGGAGCUUCUACGUGUACGCGGGCAUCCUGGCGCUGCUCAACCUGCUGCAGGGGCUGGGGAGCGCGCUGCUGUGCGCGGACGUCAUCGAGGGGCUCUGCUGCGUGGACGCCACCACCUUCCUCUACUUCAGCUUCUUCGCGCCCCUCAUCUACGUGGCCUUCCUGCGGGGCUUCUUCGGCUCGGAGCCCAAGAUCCUCUUCUCCUACAAAUGCCAAGUGGACGAGACCGAGGAACCGGACAUGCACCUGCCCCAGCCCUAUGCGGUGGCCCGGCGGGAGGGCCUAGAGGCAGCGGUGGCCGCCAGCACGCAGUUCAACUCGGCGGGGGGGAUGGCCCACCUGGACGAUGUGGCUUCCAUGCCUUGCCACACCGGCAGCAUCAACAGCAUGGACAGAUCCCUGAUUUGUAGCUGGAUACACAGCUGCCUGGAACAAAGACUACAUUUUCCAGCCUUCCUUGCAGGUCCUGGCCAGUGGGAUACGGGGCAGCAGAGGGACAGAGGUCACACGGCCACCAGAGGCGGACGCCAUGUGACCCCAGGCCUCCAGCCCUGCGCCAGCUGCCCAGACUCACAGACACACCUCCCUCAGGAGACGGGCUCCGAGCCUUGUCGCCGGGGCCACCAGACCAAGGUGGUGACUCAGCCGAAUCAUUCAGCAAAUCAAGACCCAAUCACCACCCACCGUGAAGAGUGUUUAAAGCUGGGCUGCAGGCAAGAUCUCGGGAGGCACUCAGGAGGCCCCGGGACACAGAAUCAGUUCCACUCGGCCGGGGUCGAAUCGGGAAGGCGGCCCCAAUUCCAGGUCCCUGGAUGGUGUUUGGAAACAACGUUAUGAAUCUAGCAUCGUGGAUACGGCGAAAGCCCCCGUGUAGCCUCCCUCCCGACUCUGCCCCAGCUCCCAGGUGAGCACUUCCCCGCCGUCUCUGGACUUCGUGUUUCUCGCCGCAGCACACGUAUGUGAUCCGCAAACGACGUGCUUGGAGUCAGUCAACCGGCUUCGUUCUGAGCUCCUCUUCCCCGACUUGAUUUUCUUCACUCACUUUUGUGGGGGGACUUUUCCUCCGUUGAUACUUCCUACAGCGCUCUGUUUCGUAAACAGAGCGUCGUCUACUUGCCAGUUCUACCUUUCAGGUUGUUUCCAAACCGUGAAAGCGAGCAGCGUCCCGAUGCCCGUCCCACCUCUGACUCCCUGGUUCCCACGAGCCCUCGAGGGGCUCUCGGGCGGAUCCAGAGGACGGGGCUGCCGGGGUUACGGGCGUCCGCGUCUGCAGCUCCAGUCUCCUCCCGGUGGUCGAUGGUGGCGAUCAGGGCACAGGCCAGGGGCUCUCACACUGGGGUCCUCACCCCUCAGGGCUUCUGAGACCCUUCGAGGGGUCCCUGAGGUCAAAGCCAUCUUCGUCGCAGUGUGAGAUGUUCCAGCCUUUCUCAUCCUCUCACGAGUGCACCGUAGAAUUUUCCAGACCAGCGUGUGGUAACGUCAUAGCUCUGACGGCCGAAGGCACGUGGGCUUUGGUUGUUAUUGAAAUUAAACUCUGAGUAUAUAAUUUCGAAUGUGUAAAUGUUGGUAGACAAAACUCCCAGCCGG